AUGGAAGACCUGAAGAAUGAGCUUUCUCGAACAUCGCAAGGUGUCUGUUUAGCGAUAGAAUCGCUUUCCUACUGUGAUAAGGAUUUCCGAGUAGUUCAUGGUUCCCGCAUCAGUCAAGACUGGAAGUGGCGCAGUAAUGUUCUUGGAGUGUUUAAAGCACGCGAAAAUCAGUCUUUGGCCGAGAUCAUCAACGUUGUUGUACAUAACUAUGAAUUGGAUAGGAAUCUUUUACGAAUCACAUGUACCAAAAGUGGCGAGGAAUUUGCACCGGCCAAAGCAUUUCCAGAUCUCAAAGAGAAAUUACGAGAGGUGCUGCAUACAGUACUAUCAACCUGUUCCAUUCCCGUAUUGCAAUCGAUACAGAUGGUAGACCAAAUUAUGAAAGCGUUUGCUGACUCAGAUGUCCGACCGCCAUUUGCGAUACGAUGUUGUGGUGAAGAUAUCUUUAACAUCUACUCCCUUCUAAGAGAUUUCAACUACCACUAUCACACAAUCGGUGAAAUUAUUCAAUCUAAACUUCAAAUUCUGCAACCCUGCUUCGCUAGUCUCAAUGCCGAUCAUCUCCGCGAGCUUGAAGAGUUCCUGGGGCCCUUUCAAGAAACCUUCGAGUCAUUGGCUCAAGAACAACCUAAUUUUCAUAAGGUGCUACCCGAAUGGUAUGCUUUGAUGCAUGAAUGCCAUCCUUCAUCUGAAGAAAUAUCGCCACUUUUGAGAGAGUUGAAAACGAAGGCCAGUGAGCUUCUGAUCCGAGAGCAGUCAACGACUAUCACCGUUGAGCAUCGAAUUGCUGCAAUAUUCAAUCCUAGGCAUAACAGAAAGCUAAGCCUAAUUUGCACUGAUCAUGAGAGGUAGGU